AUGUAUUCGUUGGUAACGGCUUCUUCAGCCGCAUCACCGACGAUUUCUACCAGGUCUUUCCUCUCAUCGAGUUGGUGUUCUUAUAAUCCAAUGAGUACCGAAAGUUCGAUCGCAAAACUUGCACUGAAUGCUAAUACAGGCAAUAGUACAUCAACAACGCCAACAUCGUCAUCAUCACCAGUUCCAGUUAAUGGUAACGAUCACCAGCAACAAAUGAAUGCUAAUGGAAAUGGAAUGAUGAAUGAUGGAAAAUUAAUAUCAACAAAUUAUCAAAAUGGUGUACUUCCUGAUCUUCAGGCCACAUAUCAAGGUUCAUCAUGGAGUAAUGUUAUUGACCCAUUGAGUGGUGCCUCCGGUGAUCAUCCAUUUGAUGUACACAAUAGUGGUCGAAUGUUUUCACCACAAACGACACCACCACCACCACUUAUGGCCAUGCAACAACAACAACAACAGCAACAACAAGUUUCUUAUCAACAAGCAAUACAGAGGAGACCAAUAACUGCAUCACAUAAUUUUUCAUCACAAUCAAUUCGUAAUGGCAUGUCAGCUUCAUCUACUCAAGCAGCACUUCCAAUGAAUGGACGUACAGCAAUUCCAUCGCCAUUAUGGAACAGUCAAUCUCCACUUAUUGGUUCACAAACAAAUUUAUCAAUGCCACCACCACACAUGCAACAACAACAACCACCAUCACCAUCAUGGAAUAAUACAUCUAUCCCACAUGGAUUUCCAGCUACAUCAUCUCGUCGUCCUGUUCCAACAUUAUCAAAUCCAAUGGGUAACAGCAAUACAACAAAUAACAAUAAUAUAAAUCAAACAUUAAUGCUUGGCAAUGGAAAUAUUCCAAUGUCACAAAAUAAAAAAUCUUCAUCAUUAUCAGCUCAAAAUAAUUAUUUUCCAUUUCUUCAAUCAUCAGCAAAUCAAAAUAAAUUUAAUAAUAAUCAUAAUAACAACAUUCAAACACAAUUAGGUUCAUCAUUAUCAAAUACACUUCAACGUGCACCUGCUAUGACAAAUUUUAUUCAAGGACAAAAUAAACAAUCACCACCUCCGCCACCACCUCAUAUCAUCAAUGGAAAUGAUAUGGAGCAAAACUUUCCAUCGAUGAAUUCCAAUGAUACAUAUGACAUGAAUUCAUUGCAACAAAUCAUGGAUAUGAUGCGAAAUGUUUCAUCAGAUGGUGUUAAACGUGUGUAUAGUGAUGAUAGUGGCAUGGGAAGUAUUCUUGAUACAGAAAGUUUAAUAUCAGCUGGCGGUCCAUCAUCAUCAUCAAUGGGUUUAUUUGGUUCGCCACGUGGAUUACCAAUAGAUAUGAAUAAAGAAGAACGUUUUUCACGUAAAGUUUUUGUUGGUGGCUUACCACCAGAUAUUGAUGAAGAGGAAAUUAUUACACAUUUCCAACGAUUUGGUCCAUUGGUUGUUGAUUGGCCACAUAAACAAGAAAGCAAAUCUUACUUUCCACCUAAAGGUUACGCAUUUUUAAUAUUUACAUACGAACGUUCUGUACAAGAAAUAAUUGAUGAAUGUGUUAUUGAUGAUUCUAAACUUUACAUGUGUGUGUCAAGUCCGAGUAUGAAAGAUAAAGCUGUACAAAUACGUCCAUGGCUUUUAGCUGAUUCUGACUUUGUUAUGGAUGGUUCUCAACCACUUGAUCCAAGAAAAACAAUAUUUGUUGGUGGUGUACCUCGACCAUUACGUGCAGUUGAAUUAGCAAUGAUUAUGGAUCGAUUAUAUGGUGGUGUUUGUUACGCAGGUAUUGAUACUGAUCCGGAAUUAAAAUAUCCGAAAGGUGCCGGUCGUGUUGCUUUUUCAAAUCAACAAAGUUAUAUUGCUGCAAUAUCAGCUCGUUUCGUACAAUUACAACAUGGAGAAAUUGAUAAACGAGUUGAAGUUAAACCAUAUGUUCUUGAUGAUCAAUUAUGUGAUGAAUGUGCUGGUGCACGCUGUGGUGGAAAAUUUGCUCCAUUCUUUUGUGCCAAUGUAACAUGUUUACAAUAUUAUUGUGAAACAUGCUGGGCAUCAAUUCAUGCACGCGCAGGUCGAGAAUAUCAUAAACCAUUGGUAAAAGAAGGCGCUGAUCGGCCACGUGCAUUACCAUUUCGUUGGUAA